CGAGGUGGACGUGGCGGCGGUGGCCGCGGAGGAGGUGCUCCUCGCGGUGGUCGUGGAGGCUUCAGCGGCCGCGGCUCUUCUAACGGUGGUGGUCGAGGUGGCCCUGGCGGUCGCGGCGGUCGCGGUGGCCCUGCCCGUGGAGGACGAGGUGGCCGCGGUGGUGCCCGUGGUGGUGCUGGUGGCAUGAAGGGCGGUGCCAAGGUUGUCAUUGAGCCUCACCGUCACCCCGGCGUCUUCGUCGUCCGCGGUGGUAAGGAGGACGGCAUCGCUACCCGUAACAUGACCCCCGGCGAGUCCGUGUACGGCGAGAAGCGCAUCAGCGUUGACGAGACCGUCGAGAACAGCGACGGCACAACCACCACCACCAAGGUCGAGUACCGACUUUGGAACCCCUUCCGAAGCAAGCUUUGCGCUGCCAUCGCCGGUGGUGCGGAUGAUAUCUACAUUCGCCCUGGCUCGCGUGUCCUGUACCUUGGUGCUGCCUCCGGUACCUCCGUCUCCCACGUUGCUGACCUGGUUGGCCCUACUGGCUUUGUCUACGCUGUUGAGUUCUCUAACCGCUCUGGCCGUGAUCUCAUCGCCAUGGCUGCCAAGCGCCCCAACGUUGUCCCCAUUGUCGAGGAUGCCCGUCAGCCCGUCCGCUACCGCAUGGUCGUCCCCAUGGUCGAUGUCAUCUUCGCCGAUGUUGCCCAGCCUGAUCAAGCCCGUAUCGUUGCCAUGAACGCCAACUGGUUCCUCAAGCAGGGCGGUGGUGUCUUGAUCUCCAUCAAGGCCAACUGUAUCGACAGCACAGCCCCCGCUGCCGAGGUCUUUGCCAGUGAAGUCCAGAAGAUGCGUGCCGAGUCUAUCAAGCCCAAAUUCCAGCUCACCCUAGAACCCUUCGAGCGUGACCACUGCCUUGUCGCCGGUCUGUACAUGCGCAACGAGUAAGCACCAGUCUUUUUCGAUAAACAAAAAAAAAGCCAUGAACGAUAAUUAUAUCGGCUUGUAUAAAGUCCUGGUUGCCAAAAACUUGUUUACUCGGCUUUCACGAAUGAUUCCCAAUCAGGCUGCUACUGCAUCUAACUCUUCGUGCGCCGAACGGUUUCGGUUUUAAAGGGAUGAUUCACUAAUGGCAUGGGGCGUUCCGGAUAAGGGGAAUUCUGCUUUAGCUUUGAGCUUUUGUUCUGUUAUAUAGGGUGUUUUAGGCCCAAUGCAAAAGAAAUGCUGCCACUUUUAC